CUCCCAGGGCUUGUUGAAUUUACCACCUUUUUCUUGUUCUGUGACAGGUAACUUAACCUGAAAGACUAACAGAGAGCCUUGGUAGUAAAAACACUUGUUUCAGCAGUGCCUUCCUUCACCGCACUCCAGUCUGGUGCAUCACUGACAAGCUGCUUAUUCCUGAGAGCUGGAAACCUUAGUAACAAAACCCCUCCUCACAGCAACUCAGUUUGUGAUCGGUUCCUGCCCGGAUUACUAUCCUUGCUCUUGAGUUUUAAACACCAGCAAUGAUUCUAUUUUGGUUCCUCAUUUUUUCAAAGGAUAUGUAAAAGCCUUGAACUAUAGGACUGCACAGCACCACCGUGGCAAAAAUACUUGAGCUUCCGUCUGAAUGCAGUCAGUAAUAAUGUGAUACCAGCAUGAAAUACUUAGCUUACCAAUAUAUUGUAUGCAGGGGUAAGCUGUGGUGGUUUUCACUGCUGGAGUAAGCAUCACAGGAUGAUCUCAUCAAGUCAUUUUAUUUGCUUGUAAAGCAUUUACGCCUAAAUCUGCACUGAUGCAACCGGGUCAACCUUGCAGGAAGUGCUUGUUCUGAUGCCUGGUGGAACCAUGUGCCAUUUGUCCUUAUUAUGGAAAGAAUUUCUCCAUUGUUCCACUUUAAACACAGCUACGAAGAAAACAGGAAAAUUUAAGAAUGAGGAAAAGGGAGGGAAAAGAGGUGAGAAUCAGGAGCAGAAGAGUGAGGGACAAUUGGCCAUACCAGAAUAUGUAAAUGAGAAGACAACCAGAACUGCAGUUCCUAAACCAAAGGACAUGUCUGCACAUUGAUAAAUCCUCUCAAUCUGCUCCUUUUGCUAGUAAUUUCAGAGGAGGUGGAGAUGCUCAAGGCCUGUAAUUGAUCCUGGGCAGAAGAAGCUGUAAGGGGAGAAAUAACAUGAUCCAGUGAAGCAUAUAGUUCUGGUGAGAAAAGGUAAAAAGAUAAAUCUGGACCGAGGUAAGUGUCAUCUUGUGUAUGCUGUAGCAAAACAUGAAGUUUUUAUAAAUGAGAUUUAGAGACGACUGAGCAUGAGUGAAAAUACUGAGGAAGAAAGUCAUUACGAAUAUACUGCUGAACAGAGGAUGCCACCCUUACAACGCCACAGGGGCGUAAACCAUGUACACUUCUAAGCUUCAUAGAAGAAGCUUCUAUCAGGGUUGGAGGCAAUGUGAACUAGACUUGUAGCAAAAAUAAAUGCUAAUAGCCUGAGCCAUCUGUAGUUUAAUUGAAAAACUACCAUUCAGGGAUAAGUUUGUUACAGCAGCCAGUACUGUUUGUUUUAAAGUAAUCUUGGAAAGAUUUCUGAUACAUUAUUAAAUUUUAAAUCUCCCAUUUCUCAUGGGAGACUUCAACCACCCUGACAUCUGCUGGAGGGACUACACAGCAAGGCACAAGCUGUCCAGGAGGCUCCUGCAAUGCACUGAUAAUUUCUUGUCACAAGUGGUCGAGGAGCCUACAAGGAAGGGUGUCCUGCUGGAUCUUGCCCUAACCAACAGAGAGGGACUGGUUGGAGAUACGAAGGUUGGGGGCAGCCUUGGCUGCAGUGACCACAAAAUGGUGGAGUUCAGGAUGUUGCAGGAAAGAAGUAAGGCAACAAGCAGGAUUGCAACCCCAGUCUUCGGGAGAGCGGACUUUGGGCUCUUCAGAGACCUAAUUGGUGGAAUCUCAUGGGUUAAGGCCCUAGAAGGAAGGCGGGUCCAGGAGAGCUGGCUAGUAUUCAAACAUCACUUCCUCCAAGCUCAAGAGCGGUGCAUCCCUAUGAGUAAGAAGUGCACCAAAAGGGGCAGGAGACCUGCAUGGGUGAACAAGGAGCUCUUGGCCAAAUUCAGACAGAAGAAGAAAGUACACAGAAUGUGGAAGAGGGGACAGGCUACGUGGGAGAAUUACAGGAAUGCAGUCAGAGUAUGUAGAGACGCAGCGAGGAAGGCUAAGGCCCAGCUGGAACUGAGUCUGGCAAGGCAUGUCAAGGACAACAGGAAGGGCUUCUUCAAAUGCAUCAGCAGCAAGAGGAAGACUAGGGAAAAUGUGGGCCUGCUUCUGAAAGGGGCAGGGGCCCUGGUGACAAGGGAUACAGAGAAGGCAGUAUUACUGAAUUCUGGCAAUUCUGAAAUACUGAAUCCUGGCAGCCCCCAUGAAUCCCGGAGCCUGGAGGUAAGGGAGAAAGUCCAGAGAAGGGAAGACUUUCCUUUGGUUGAAGAGGAUAGGAUUAGAGACCUUCUGGGCAGGCUAGACAUCCACAAAUCUAUGGGCCCUGAUAGGAUGCACCUACGGGUACUGAGGGAGCUGGCGGAUGUUGUUGCCAAGCUGCUCUCCAUCAUCUCUGAAAGGUCCCGGAGAACUGGAGAGGUGCCUGAGGACUGGAGGAAAGCCAAAGUCACUCCAGUCUUCAAGAACGGCAAGAAGGAAGACCCAGGCAACUAGAGGCUGGUCAGCCUCACCUCCAUCCCUGGUAAGGUGAUGGAACAGCUCAUUCUGGAUGUCAUCUCCAGGUAUGUGGAGGAAAAGAAGGUGAUCAGGAGUAGCCAGCAUGGAUUCAGGAAGGGGAAAUCCUGCUUAACCAAUCUGAUAGCCUUCUAGGAUGGAAUGACUGGCUGGAUAGAUGAGGGAAGAGCAGUGGACGUUGUGUACCUUGACUUCAGCAAGGCUUUUGACACUGUCUCCCAUAACAUCCUCCUAGAGAAUCUCAGGAAGAGUGGGUUAGAGGAGCGGACAGUGAGGUGGAUUGAGAACUGACUGAAAGGCAGAGCUCAGAGGGUCAUCAUCAGUGACGUGGAGUCCAGUUGGAGGCCUGUGGCUAGUGGCAUCCCCCAGGGCUCAGUACUGGGUCCCAUCCUGUUCAACUUCUUCAUCAGUGACCUGGAUGAGGGGAUGAAGUGCCUCCUCAGCAAGUUUGCUGAUGAUACCAAGCUACGAGGAGUGGCUGAUACACCUGAAGGCUGUGCUGCCAUUCAGAGAGAGCUGGGCAGGCUGGAGAGCUGGGUAGAGAGGAACCUCCUGAGGUUCAACAAGGGCAAGUGCAGAGUCCUGCACCUAGGCAGAAAUAACCCUCGGCACCAGUACAAGCUGGGGACUGACCUUCUGGAGAGCAGCUGUGCAGAGAAGGACCAGGGAGUGCUGGUGGAUGACAAGUUGACCAUGAGCCAGCAAUGUGCCCUUGUGGCCAGGAAGGCCAAUGGUCUCCUGGGGUGCAUUAGGAAGAGUGUUGCCAGCAGGUGGAGAGAGGUGAUCCUGCCCCUCUCCUCAGCCCUGGUGAGGCCUCACCUCGAGUACUGUCUCCAGUUCUGGGCUCCCCAGUACAAGAGAGACAUGGAGCUACUGGAGAGAGUCCAGCGUAGGGCUGCGAGGAUGAUCAGAGGGCUGGAGCAUCUGCCCUCUGAGGAACGGCUACGAGAGCUGGGCCUCUUCAGCCUGGGGAAGAGAAGACUGAGGGGGGAUCUUAUCAAUAUCUGUAUCGGAAGGGAGGGUGUCAAAGGGAUGGGGCCAAACUCUUUUCAGCUGUCCCAUGUGACAGGACAAGAGGCAAUGGGCAGAAAUUGAAGCACAGGAAGUUCCACCUGACCGUGAGGGGGAAUUUCUUCCCUGUGAGAGUGACAGAGCACUGGACCAGGUUGCCCAGAGAGGUUGUGGAGUCUCAUUCUCUGGAGAUCUUCAAAACCUGCCUGGAUGCAGCCCUGUCUAACAUGUUCUGAGUGAUCCUGCUUGAGCAGGGGAGUUGGACUAGCUGAUCUCCAGAGGUCCCUUCCAAUCUUACUGAUUUUAUGAUUCUGUGAAUUGUGUUCAACUUUAUGUUGAUAAUCAGUUUGCAGGACAGGUCACUGUUAUACAACAAACUUCAUAGCAAAUUAUUUCUUUGGUUUUGCACAUUGGGAAAAAAAAAAGCCUAUAUAUCUGAUCACAAAACUCAAAUCUUUUAAAGAGAGUGAGUCAACUUACAUGACAAAAAGAAUUCUUCAUGCACUCUAGUGUAUUUUAACCUUCAGAGCUCUUUCUAGAGAAGAAAAAUAAAGGUCAUGGUUUAUAGAACCUGAUAGUACGUACAUAUCAUUGGUGGGGUUUUGGCCUUGCCAAAGAUGAUCUAGUCAUCACUUUAAACCUGCCCACAACAGUACAUGAGGAGACAAGUCUUCAACUGAUGAAGAGCAGCCUGGCUCCACCAAAUUCAGCAGAAAACAAGCAAUUUACAGCUAAAGUUUGAUCGAUGGGUCACUGGAUAUACUUACUCAGCUCUGAGUUUCACUUGAUGAUUUUUAAAGAAAUAUAACCAGAAUUUUAGGUAGAGCUGAAAAACCCCAGUGUAACUGUAUUUUCCUAUAUAGGGUAAUGAGGAUGAAGUUAAUCAUGAAAACUUGCAUAUGAGGGUUCUACCACACCCUUUUUCAAGGACUCCAUGCUGACCUGCUUUUACUCAAUUACAGAACUAUUAACUAGUCUUUAAAAAGAGUUUCAGAAAAUUUUAUUGAAUAGUUAUGAAUCUGUUACAGCAUCAGUAAAUUACCCUUUGUAUUUAGCUUACUUUGCACUCUCAAAAUACUGUUUCAAACAAUGUCUGUAAAAACUCUUUACUACCAUCUUAAAGAGCAAGUACUUUAUAUGCAAAUACAAUGUUUGUGAUUGUGACAAACCUGGAGAGAGAGAUGCUUAGUCACACCAUGUAUACCACAGGUAAAAGAAAACCAAGCUAACACUGGUAUGCUGGUAAGCUGUUUGCUGGACCUUUCUGUCAUCUUGAACAAAAAAUAAAUGCAUCUUCAUGCUCU